UCGUAUGGAUUCCUGCGGUGGCUCGCCAGCCGCUGAAAAAAAUUCUUCGUCUUUAGUUUUCAUGAAUUUUUAAGUUAAUUUUGGUGUUAAUAAUGAUGGAGGGGUCUCUAAGUAAAUGGACAAAUGUGAUGAAGGGGUGGCAGUAUCGCUGGUUUGUGCUGGACGAGAAUGCUGGUUUACUCUCGUAUUACACGUCAAAGGAGAAGAUGACGCGCGGCGUGAGGCGUGGCUGCGUGCGGCUGAGGGCAGCGGUGAUCGGCAUCGAUGAUGAGGACGACUCCACCUUUACCAUCACCGUUGACCACAAAACCUUCCAUUUCCAAGCCAGGGACGGUUCAGAGCGCGAGCGCUGGGUUCGCGCGCUGGAGGACACGAUAUCCCGGCAUGGGCGGCGGGAGCGUUGGUCCCGCUGCGUGCCCGCGCCCCGCCACGGAGACCUGGAGCGACGCAUCUCCGAGGCCGACGCCUACCUGCAGAUCAUGAUCGAGCUCGUCAACAAAGUUAACACGAGAGUGACAGAGCUGCAAGAUCCGCACGAGAGAAACAAAGGACAAGUUAUACUGGACCACUCCAACGCCAUGUUGGAUAACAUUAAGCAUUCCAUAGUACUACUUCAAAUAGCUAAGAACACAGUAAACCCCGUGAACGGCGUGUACCAAGGACCAACAACGUUAUCACAGUCACAUAUUAAAGGUAUUGAUUUGUCUCCCCGCGUCGAGCUGGGUUCAGAAUGUCGUGAGCUGGCAGCACCGACGAUGCCGCUAUCGCCCAUAGAUUCGGCAAGACAACCGAUGUCGCUCCUGGUACCAGACACAUCGUACUCAUCGUCGGAAGGUGAGGAGGACUUCUACGACGCUGACGAGGAGCCCAAUACGCACACUGACCCAGCGCCGAGUGGCAGUCGAGCGUGUAGUGCGGCAAGUGCUGCAGAAGACGCGUCACCUUCGCCGGGGCCGGUCGAUCUUCCGCGCACCAGGGAUGGGGAGAUCGAUUACGAUGCUCUGUAUGAAGAUGACUCGGACAGUGACCUGGGCUCGAUGGAGAACCACGGCUCGGUGGUCACACACCUCCUGUCGCAGGUCAAGAUCGGAAUGGAUCUCACAAAGGUAGUGCUCCCGACAUUCAUACUGGAGAGGCGGUCACUGCUGGAGAUGUACGCGGACUCGUUUGCACACCCCGACCAGUUUGUUAAGAUAGUGGAUAUGCCGACGCCCCGCGAGCGCAUGGUACAAGUAGUGCGGUGGUACCUGAGCUCGUACCACGCCGGCCGGAAGUCGCAGGUCGCCAAGAAGCCCUACAACCCCAUCCUGGGCGAGGUCUUCCGCUGUCACUGGGACUUAGAUGGUGUGGAACCUGUAACUGAGAACAGAGAAGAAGUCGGCGACGGGCCCGUGCCGUGGUGCAGCCCGGACCAGCUAUCGUUCGUCGCCGAGCAGGUGUCCCACCACCCGCCCAUAUCCGCCUUCUACGCGGAGCACGUGAACAAGCGCAUCCAGUUCGAGGCGUACGUGUGGACCAAAAGCAAGUUCCUGGGCCUCUCCAUCGGAGUUCACAACAUCGGCAAGGGUGUGGUCACUCUGUUAGACCUGGGAGAGGAGUACACUCUUACAUUCCCUAAUGGUUACGGCAGAUCAAUACUGACAGUGCCCUGGAUCGAGCUGGGCGGGUCAGUGGUGCUGGAGUGUGUGCAGACCGGCCUCAGAGCCAACGUGGAGUUCCUCACGAAGCCCUUCUACGGCGGCAAGAAGCACCGCGUCACCUGCGAAGUAUUCGCCGGCACGGAGAAGAAGCCCUUCUACAGCGCGCAGGGCGAGUGGAACUCCAGGAUGGAGGGCCGCUGGAACGAUACCGGGCGGACUGAAGUAGUAUUCGACGUGACGGCGAUGAGAGCGCGGCGCAAGCGAGUCGCUCCGAUCAGCCGGCAGCCCGCCAACGAGUCGCGGCACGUGUGGCGGCACGUGACCGCCGCGCUCAGGGCCGCCGACACCGACGCGGCCACGGCGGCCAAGCGGCGUCUCGAGCAGGCGCAGCGGGACUCCGCCAAGAGACGACUGGACAACGAAGAGGCCUGGAGCACGCAGCUAUUCAGUCGAAAAGGAGAAGAUGAGUGGGAAUAUAACACACCGCUAAGAAAACGUAUUGAACCCAAAUCAACGCCACUCCGCGCAGCCGACACCGAAACUAGAUAAUGUAGCCCCGACACCCCCAAAUUGGACUUUAUCACACAUAGUUUAAGGUAGAAAUUUCUACGAAAGUUUAGAUCUAUUUAUUAUUUUUCAAGAUGCACUAUCGUUAGACGCUUACGAAAUUUUUGUGAGUAAAUUUCAGUGGUUGAUAGUUGUAACUAAGUAAAAAAAUAAAGAUAUCGCAAUUUACGUGGAUUGAGUCAGAUCUUGAGUGAAUGAGUAUGCAAAAUAUCGCUUCGCUACUGUUGUAAAUGGGAGAUUGGGACAUUUAUUUUAUUAUAAGUGUAUUUUAGAAUACUAAAAGUGAUCAUGUGGUUAUCAUUUAUUAAGAUCUACUAAGGCAAUUGUCCAUGAUCUUAAAAAGCACCGCAGAUGUUUCUAAUGUAUACGCGCUUUUACGGACACGUACAAUACUGAUGCGUGCGCGUCCAUAACAAAGUGUCAAUGACAUUAUUACCUAUCUUUGAACAUAAAUAUUAAAUAGGUCUGUAAGACGUCACAAGUUACAAAUCAUUGGCUUGGUGAAGUCACGGACUAUGGAAGCCUUUAAAUAAAUAAUAACAUUAAAUCAAAGUUAAGGACGUUAACUGGUCUUUGUACCAGUACUGAGGUAAAACAAUAUGAAAUAUUCACUUUUAUUUAUCCUCUUCAAGAAAUACAAUACUAAUAAUUUAAUAAUAUCUGAACAAAGUAAUAUAUACGAAUCAAUUAUAAACCGGCUCCAUGCUUGAUCUGAAUCGAGACCGUACCACCCUAAUGGUGAACUUCCGUACAACUGUUAAUAAGGGUUUAAAAAACACUCCGUUGUCAGUUAAAGAAAGGGCGCCAUCUUGUUAAAAUAUAUGAAUUAACUUAUUUUAUUUUAAACUAAUUUAAAAUAAAAUAAGUUAAUCUGUAUUUCUCGCAGUUUUACUUUAUUUUUUAUCUUCUGCUGUGGUGUUCUACAAAAGUAAUAUUAUUUAUUGUAUAGUGAUAGAUCUCCCGUACUGUACAAAUAAAAAAAACAGCUUAAUAUAAUGAAUGUGUGACAUAUUCAAGCUUCUUAAAAGAGAUUUAUUAAUGUGAGUCUCAGUCCAUCUCAAUAUAUUUAAAGAUCACUUGCGAAAAUAAUAAAUGUUAACCUUAAAACAAAAACUAGAUUUUAAUUUUACAUUUUUACUUAGUUUAUCCGUCUAAAUUUUUUUAUUAUAUUAUUGUGUACAAUUUGUACAUGUAUAUGAAAUGAAACGUAUAAACACGAAAAAUAAAUCUGUGAAUGAUCAGUAUAUUUUAAUUUUUUAUUGAUAAAGCUGGAAAAGUAAAGCAAAAUGGUUAUCUCAUCAGGUUAUACUUCCAAUGAGAAGAUGUACUAUGAAAAAAUAUCUACAUGUACAUGUAGUAACAUUUUAAGUUCUGAUAUCGGUUCGAAGGACCAAAAAUUUUAUGAUUCGAACUUUUUACUUUUAAGCCUUGUUAUAAUUUGACGUGAAAAGCUGAUGAAUUUCGAUGUUUUUUUUUACAUGAAUUCUUAUUUUAUUCGUACAUUAUUUAGAAUGCAUAGUAAAAAAUUCUGUCCAAAGGAACUGUGAAACUGUUUAAAGCCCUUGUUCACGAUACUGCGCCAAUAAAACUGUAGCUCCAGUCCCGAUCAUUGGUAUCAUUAAGAAAGUCAUUUAUGUUAUAGUAACCUUUACCAUACAAAUGUUUAUUUACAAUUCUUUUGAAUUUCGUAAUACAUUUGUUUUGAACAUUUUCUGGGAUCUUGUUGUAAAAGCAUAUAGGUACAUCGCCCCACAAAAGACUUACUAACUCGACUUAGCCUAGUACUAGGCAUUAUAAGUUUAUAUCUGUUCCUGGUGUUAACAUUAUGGUUAUGAGAUUUUCUAGCAAAUUCACUUAUCUAAAUUGUUUACAUUGCCUGGUAUGACAUUUGACUUCAGUCAUUCUUAUUUGAAUUAUCAAAUCGACCCAUAGGCGGGAUGUGAAAUUGUCAUAUUAACGUGUGUGUGACGUCACCGGCAGUCGAAAAUCAGCAAUCGGUAGUACUGGUGAUUUAUGAAAUGACUGCUUGGAGUCUGACGUCACCAAGAUGGCGCCCUGUCCCAUUCUCAUAUACCAGCGUAUAGACAAGAAACGUGCGAAAUAUAAGAACAUCUCUAACGCUAAUCAGCAAGAUAGAAAAUGAAAGCGAAUAUUUUGUAACUAACCGAUUUUGAUUGAUAAGCCGUAAACAGUUGUUUUAGGAAUUGCUGUUCAGCUUCAAUAUGUUCCAGUGGAUGUCGACCCAGUAUGGGAUCAUAUUGUUAUUGCACUUAUUUCCUUAAUGGGAGCACUUUUUAUAAUUAUUCUACUGAACAACACUAAUUAUUUUAGUGAUUUUUUGUCUUAUUUUAAUGCUGAACACGAUGGUGCAAAAGUUCCAACCAUCGGAACCGUUAGACGAAACAAUACACUGAUAGAAGCUGAUGACCAGUAUAAAACAAAUCAGUCUACUUAUUGGCAACAUAACAAUAACAACUCCAAUAUAGAACUUUAUUUUGAUGAUAACAGUGAUUUAAUACAAUAUGAAAAUUGUGAAGAUGAAAAUCUCGUAAGGGAGAUAGUCGAUGAAUUGAAGAAACUAAUAAACGAAAGAAAAUCAAGUAUUAAUUCGUUUGAAUUACACAAUAUAGUAUCUGAUUAACAAGACACAGAAAAUAAUCGCAGUAGUAAAGUAUUCCUAAAAAAAAUAAGUAAAAUAAUUUAAAUGGAGGAGAGAGUAAAUAAAGUAUUGAAGAUAUUAAAGCUUACAUCACUCUAUCUAUCAUUAAAGAAACCAUAAUCAGUCAGCCACGCUUGGCAUUACCUUCUUAAAUAUUUAACUCAAAUUUGUCACGCAACAUCGGGUUGUCCGGCAGUUUAUUUCUUUUAAGAUAAAAUUGUCGUCAUCUGUAUGUGUUUUAAGUCGACAUAGCCACCUAAUAAUAUUAAAGGUCAAAUACACACUAUGAGAGAAUUUGUGAUUGUGUGAACGAGACGCACUCAUGCACGUCGACUGUUAUUUUGUUAGUUAGUUAAUAACUGAUUAAUAUAGAAUAGCCUGACGGCAGAAUCAUUUAAUAUUAAAAGUGCGCAACAACCAAUACCUAACUAAAAAGGAAAACUGAAUUAAGAAUAUCGUAAAGUUUUUAAUAAAAGGUGACAAGUUGUAGUUUUUGUAUCGCCGGGUAUUAGAGUUCGAAGUUUAAAAUGAAUUCAAUAGUGAAAAUAACGACACCAUAGUCACAGUAUAUAUAUAUCAGCUUAAGCAGUAUGGAAACUACGUACAAAUGUGAGAUACGUAGGUCACACUAAAAGAUUUGCGUAACUUAAAAAAACAACAUGUUAUAACCAAAAUAUUAUGUUUAUUGGUUUUCAAAAUACUCUCCUUUACAUUUUAAACAUUUAUUCAUGCGAUCGGACCAUUUCUUAAAACAGGAGGACCACAGCCCUUCACGAAAUUCGUCAUGUAAAGAAACCCGACCUCUCUCAAAUUCUGCAAAUCAUCGCCUCACGGUCCACAAGCGAGGCGCUUCUCUCCCAAAAGCAUUUCGAAGACGAGCGGCACAGUCUUGCGGAGAGAGAGAACUUUUAAAAUCAUAAAAAAUCAUCGCUCUAAAAUCUCUUCUACUUAAUUCCAUUUUCGUUGGGUACGUAAAACUUUUAUGUGUGAUAAAAAACAACUGACAAAUGAUUUCCCGCCAUAUGUUCUUUUAUUACUAAGAAGGUUGCGACGUUUCAAAAAAUAUGACAUUAGAAAUUCAAAUAGUUCCGAUUUGCUAGAAGUGCAAAACUUUUAGUGUGCCCCAUGUAUAACGCACGCACACAUAAGCAGGUGUCAUGCAUGACUCAACGCGGCACGCGCAGGGCUCCCGCGAGUAAAAACACUGUGAUGUCCGCUUAUUGCAUAGACCAAGUAUAGUAACUAGACUAAUUGAUAGCUUCCGUCUCACUCACACGAGAAAAAGAAAAACUUAUGCGAGUCUUAUGUAAAGAAAUGAGAUAGAGUGAUUAGAUUUUUUGUUUCGCCAUGCGUGCCGGUUUUUUUAAGGUCAGCACACCCGGUGUGCUAAACAAACUUGACAGCGCUGCACAGAAAACUUGUGAAACGUGUGAAAUAUCAACUAUUUAUUCAACUUCAAUGACAAUUUUAAGUAGAAUCGAAGGAAAUAUGGUGCGAUGUUGUGUUUGUUUGUGUUAUAUUAUGUACCUAUAUAUGAUAUUAUCUGUCUCAUGUUGGCCACGUCAAACCGAUAUCUAGUUACUAUACUUGGUCUAUGGCUUAUUGGCCUUGUUUAGACCUGCGUCUGUAUGCGUGCGUCGGUUCGAACGUUUGUGCUUCGUUUCUUUACUGCUUUAGCGUAUAAUAUUAUAUAUAUACUGUGCCAUAGCCCAAAUGAAAUCAUCAAUUUAUUAUCAGCUUGGGUAUUUGGUAGUUAACAGACACUCUCAAUCAUAAUUGUGGCUGUGUUUAUAGAAUGCGCUGUUAGAGAAUCAAAAACAAAAUGGCGGAUUAGUCGUGUUUCAUUUAUGGUUGUAUUCUUUACCAGCGCUGUCGAUAUAAUAUAUUUGUUAUAAAUUAUAAGCUAAUAGCAGAUUUUAAAUUUGUAAAAAUACUUUUAAGUAUUAUUUAUCUUGGUUUUAUAUUUGAACAAUUAUUAUAAUGUAUGUUUUAAUUAUUGUGAAUUAUGCUGAAUCAUAGAAGUUUUAAAGUUAUGCACGCCGUUUUUUGGAUAAACGUCCUCCUUGAAAAGCUUAUUUUCUUUGAUCAUUUAUACAUCUAGAUAGACAAUGACAGCUGUGAAAACGUCGAAAAAAAUUGACUUUAGAACUAACCUUUAUUUAGAACAAUUCACGCACACUAACACAGUGUCAUACAAAUCGCGAGUGUAAGACGUAGCUUGUCACGCACACUAAACUAAUAUUUUUGGCCUGUUUUUAUCGGUUGUAUUACAGCAAGAGAUCUCUAUCUAGAUGUAUAAAUUGUAUAAGUUUAUUUCAGUUCAAUCAUGUUACGGCUUGUAUGUUAUAAAGCAUUCAUGUCACAAGUAUUGUACAGUGUGAGAUUUUUUACCUAUUCGAUCGCGCAAAAGUUAACUACGAUUUGUAUGGCAUCAAAAGAGCGCCAUCUAGUGACUGAGGAUAUAAUCAUAUCGCUCUUUCGCGCGUAGUUUUCUUUUACGCCUUCGAAUAGGUAAAAAAUGUCAGUAUAUUUUCUGAAAAGUAUACAUACCACGCGUAAGAGUUCUCAAACGGGCCGUGAACAAUAAAAGUAAAUUAUUUCCACGUUCCGUUUUUUUUUUCUUUAUUUACUCUAUGGUGGUAUUGCUAACCAGACAGUGUACAUGAUACAAUAUACUUAUUUACAACUCUUCAGACUUCAUGUCACAUUAUGCAUUUUUAUAUUCACGAACAUUGAAAGCUAAUAGUCGUAUUAUUGUUAGGCGACUAUAAAAGCGAAGCACAUAAAUUUGCGGUCAAUGACCCGUUUCGUUUUCUGUUUGUUUUUUACUAAAUAAUAAAAACUUCUAUGAUUCAAACAAAAGUGUAUUCUAUAACUAGACGCACGCAGUCCAAUUUGCAAGACACGUUUCGUAAAAAGACUGACGCAACACGAUAGUUUGACUGUACACCAACACCGCAACGUUAUACGAAGACACAAUCAAUUUCCAUGUUACAUUACGUUGAAUAUUUAAAUAAAAAUCUAAAUUAUUU